UUCCAUUCUCUUUCCCUGUCUCUUUAACCAGAGCCAACCCAGCCGCCUUUCCGCUUUAUUUCGCGAGAUUUUAGCUUGGCGCCGUGACCCCCCAUGUGAGAAGCAGUUUCCUAGUAAACACUCCCUUUGCAGCUUAGCCAUGGUCCCAUGGAUUCCCAUUCCUUGUAAAAAUAGAUCCAAAACAUCACCAAGAAGCACCUCCGCGACACAUUAGCCUUGGACUCGUUCAUCCUCAUCCCCGCCAGGCGCCUCACCUUACCUGCGUUUUUUUUAAUCUCUUUUGUUGGUUUAUCUGCCAUUGUCUUAACCCCUAUAUUUUUGUUGUCGCAAACCAUAUUAAUAAGGGCAAUAGGAAGAUUGCACGGAUAAAGCCGGUGCUUCUAUAUUCCCUCUCACUAGUGAUAAGUGGGCAGCACCACAAUGUGGAUCCAGGUCCGAACCAUAGAUGGCACCGAGACCCACACCAUAGACGACUUGUCGCGUCUGACCAAGAUCGAGAGCCUGAGGCUGAAGAUUCAGGAGACCUUCAACGUCACACCAGACCGGCAAAGGCUCUUCUACCGGGGCAAACAGCUAGAAGAUGGCCAUACCCUUUUUGACUACAAUGUUGGCUUGAAUGACAUUGUCCAGCUAUUAAUUCGCUCACAGUCAGAUGAUUCUUCUUCUUCCCUAAAGAAAAAAGAUGGGGAUGGGAGGGCUCACAGUAAUGCUGCGAACAAGUCCAGAGUCAGUGCAACUUCCACUCUGCCAUCAACAUCAGCUAGAGCAUUCCUCAUUGAUCCAGGCAUUGGAAUUUACAAGAUUAACGAGUUGGUCGAUGCCCGUGAUGUCAGUAUAGGAUCCUGGUUUGAAGCGCAUGUGGAGAAUGUCACCCAGAAUAAAAAAGCACAGAAGAAUGGCAAGGCUUACUUGAAAGGUGGCCAUUGUUACAGAGUGGCUAAUGGAAACUUGGAGCAUUCAAGAGAAAAUGUUGUGGAUACCAACCCUUCAACUUCUUACAAUGACAUUUUGGAUGACAAUGAAAAUGUUAUUUAUCAUAUCAAGUAUGAUGAUUAUCCAGAAAAUGGUCUAGUUGAAAUGGAUUUGUCCAACCUGCGGCCAAGAGCAAGAACUUUACUAAAGUGGAGUGAUCUCAAAAUUGGUGACAAAGUCAUGGUGAAUUACAAUGUCGAAACUCCAGAGGAGCGGGGAUUCUGGUUUGAUGCUGAAAUAACCAACCUGAAGGAAAUGUCAAGAACUAAUAAAGACGUUUUCGCCAAGAUAUUUUUGGGUGGCCCUGUGGAUGUAAUAGAUGACUGCAAGAUACAUUUUGCAGAUGAAAUAUACAAAAUAGAAAAGCCUGGAGCUUACCCGCUAUCAUCUGGCGAUGGAGAAUUCAAAAGAAAAAGUGGGCCUGAGUGUAAGCACUGCAAAGCAGAUCCAGAAACCGAAUGCAGGUUCUGUUCAUGCUAUGUGUGCGGUGGAAAGCAGGAUGCUCACAUGCAACUUCUAUGUGAUGAAUGCAACAUGGCCUACCAUAUUUACUGCCUGAAUCCGCCUUUGGAAAAGAUACCAGAAGAUGAAGACUGGUAUUGCCCUUCCUGUAAAAAUGAUGCCACAGAAGUGGUUAAAGCAGGUGAAAAACUGAAGCAGAGUAAAAAGAAAGCAAAGAUGCCCUCCGCUAGCACUGAAAGCCAGAGGGACUGGGGAAAGGGAAUGGCUUGUGUUGGCCGCACAAAGGAAUGCACUAUUGUUCCAUCCAAUCACUAUGGCCCUAUCCCAGGGGUCCCUGUUGGUGCUACGUGGAAGUUCAGAGUGCAGGUUAGUGAAGCAGGUGUCCACAGACCUCAUGUGGGCGGCAUCCAUGGGCGCAGCAAUGAUGGAGCCUAUUCUCUUGUAUUAGCCGGAGGUUUUGAAGAUGAAGUGGAUCGGGGUGAUGAAUUCACCUAUACAGGUAGUGGUGGCCGUGAUCUUUCUGGAAACAAAAGAAUUGGUGAACAUUCUUUUGAUCAGACGUUAACUCACAUGAACAGGGCCCUGGCCCUAAACUGUGAUGCGGCUCUGAACGAUAAAGAUGGUGCAGAAUCUAAGAACUGGAGAGCUGGGAAGCCAGUCCGUGUGGUUCGUAGUUCUAAGGGGCGCCGAAUAAGCAAAUAUGCCCCUGAAGAUGGCAAUAGAUAUGAUGGCAUUUACAAGGUUGUUAAGUACUGGCCGGAAAUAGGCAAGUGUGGGUUUCUGGUCUGGCGCUACCUUCUAAGGCGUGAUGAUGCUGAGCCUGCUCCCUGGACUCCAGAGGGCAUGGAUAGAUCAAAAAACCUAGGCCUUACAUUACAGUUCCCUGAAGGGUAUUUGGAAGCUAUGGCUAGCAAAGAGAAGAAGGAUAAGGUGAAAAGGCAGCCUGUAAGAUCAGAAACCAGCAGCCCAGUCAAUCAGAAUCUUCACAACACCAGCAACACACCAAACCAGCAGCCGCCAAGCAGCCCAGAGCAAGCCACUAGUCCAGUCAGAAGAGCGAGUCAGAAGUUCAGCAGCAGCCAAAGCAAUGGGAACCAGAAAAGAGCAGUGGAAGAUGAGGACAAAGAGAUUAAGCCCCCUAUCAAGUCUAUGAAACUGUCAGAAGAUUCAAAAGGAGAGGCAUUCCAGCUCACUCAACAACAGCAGUGGUUAAUAGGAGAGGACACACUGAAUCAGAAACUAUGGGACGAAGUGCUUGUGUCCAUCAAGGAAGGACCUAGCUGCCUGCAACGUUCUUUCCGAGCAGAGGUUUACACUUGUCCUGCUUGUCGUUAUGAUCUAGGCAAGUCAUACAACAUGGUCGCCAACAAAAUUUUACAAACGCUUCUUGAUCAGUUUUUCCCUGGAUAUAGCAAAGGCCGGUGAUUUUUUUUUUUUUUAGGCUUUUGUGGCUUGUUCUAUUUUCGACUUUUUAUAACAUUUUAACAGACAUAUAAGACAUUUCGAAGUAAAAGAAAUUGGCAGUGGAUCAGGGGAAUUCAUUUAUGAAAAAAUUACACAGCUUAUUCUCAAAAGUUCGUUUUUGGACAAUAGCUGUGUUGUUCCCAUUUUGAAUAACCAUAAUGACAGACUGGCUUUCGAAGCCCCACAUUUAAAGUCCUACUUGUUUAAUUUUGCUGCCCCUGACCACCAGGAGAAUGAGUGUGUGGAGAGGAAAUCAGGACAGCUGGUGUUCAGCAAACCACUGCCUCUUGGAUGUUUAGUUGUGUCUGGUCUAUGAGGUUUAUCAGCUCUGGUACCAAGAGAGUUCACAGUGCAUUGCAGGACAACAGCUUGUUGACUCUUCUAGGGCUUAAGGGCUCAAAGUUCACUGACAGCACUUAGGAAAAUGUUAGCUUUAAAAUAAAAACGUGCAUUUCUCCCUCUUCUUUCCUGGAUUCAUCCUUUACUGUUUUUGCAUUUCCUUUUUGUAAAGCCUAUUUGUAGUUUCUUAUGUUGAGCUUUUCUGCAAGUUGACUACUAAUAACAAUACAUAUGCAUUGUCGCUACAUUAAUGUAAAGUGAUCUGUGUUGUUGGGAUUUUUUUUACUGUUUUACUUCUUUGCUAAUGUUUUCUGCACUUAGAAAUAAUCAAGCCAGUCUAGCUAAGUAAAUAAUAUUUUCUAUAAGAAAGAUCACUUGUAUUAGUUAAAAAUUGUAUGUUUCACUAGGACUUGUAUAAAUGGCAAUACUGAGCAUUGCUGGUGGGUGCUAGUCAUAGAUCUGAGGGUCUAAAAAAUUUUCCUAUUGUGAUCUCAAAUUUUAUACAACAUAUAAUCCCAGAAAUAUACCUUAUUAAAUAUUUUAUAACUCUUGAAAUGAAGCUUAUGAUUUUUCCUGCUCUAUGCUAAUUACAGUAGACGUAGUAAAUUAACCUUUUUUUUUGGGCAAUGUUUUAUAUACACAAACCAUGUGGAACGCACACCAUGAGUUCAGUAGUUGCCUGGGUGCCGGUCCAUUUAUAAACAAUGAAAUAAUUCCCAAGGUGACGGCACUCGCAUAUAUACAUAUUUUCUCCGAAUUUCUAAGAAAAUGCCCCUUUCUGAGCUUGAGCUUUGUUACAUGAGAUUGUGUUUGGAUACUGGUAUGAAGUGACUUCUGUAUUCUUGGUUGUAUAAUCAUUUGGUUAGUAGGGAUGAAAAAGCAUGUUCAAAGCCAUCGGGGUUUUUUUUUUUGUCGGAUCCGAAGAUUGUUACCACUAUAUAAUAGCCACAAAUUGCCUAAUAUUAUUUAUAACCAUAUAUGACUUUUCAUUGUGGUCAUGGAAAUGUUUUUUCCCCUUUUUCCCCUUUUUAAUGCAAAUAAACCACUAUGCUGCUGGA